GUGUUUCAUUCAUUGUUCCGUUUAUUAAAAUGUAUCAUUUGCUUUUUUCUCUUGCUACUUGUUUGACUUAUUGUGAUGUUAAAGUUUCAAUCCAGUUCUAGAUAUUUUGAUUGAAAAAUAGUGAAGGCUUUCUGGGAAAAUGUUAUUGUAAUGAUACGUUCCCUUCUUUUGUUGCCACUUUUAACAGUUCUAAGAUCAGAAUACUUUGUAAUAAAUCUGGAAUUUUGUCGAAAUAUUCUUCUUAAGACGGUAGUGGUAUCUAUGGUUUUCUACCUUUUUGGUCAGAUUCUGCUUUGUUACCAAUGGAGAGCUUGGCGCAACUUGAGGCGAUGUGCGAGAGAUUAUACAACUCACAGAAUUCAGCUGAGAGGGCUCACGCCGAAAAUAGUCUGAGAUGCUUUUCCGUGAAUACGGAUUAUAUAUCGCAAUGUCAAUACAUUCUCGACAAUUCAUCAAAACCUUAUUCCCUAAUGCUCGCUAGCUCGAGUUUGUUGAAGCAAGUGACUGAUCAUACCCUUCCGCUGAAUCUUCGCCUUGACAUCAGGGCGUAUAUUGUGAACUAUCUGGCUACAAGAGGACCGAAGAUGCAAUCAUUUGUGAUUGCUUCGCUCAUUCAAUUGCUUUGCCGGCUCACAAAGUUUGGAUGGUUAGAUGAUGAUAGAUUCCGGGAUGUGGUCAAGGAAUCUACAAACUUCUUGGAACAGGGUUCUUCGGAUCACUAUGCUAUUGGUUUAAGAAUUUUGGAUCAACUUGUGCAGGAGAUGAAUCAGCCUAACCCAGGAUUGCCUUCUACACAUCACCGGAGGGUUGCAUGCAACUUUAGGGAUCAAUCCUUAUUUCAAGUAUUUCGAAUAGCUUUGACGUCAUUAAGCUAUCUGAAAAAUGAUGCUGCUGGUCGUUUACAAGAAUUGGCGCUUUCUCUUGCACUGAGGUGUGUAUCAUUUGACUUUGUCGGAACUUCAAUUGAUGAAAGCACAGAGGAGUUUGGUACAGUCCAGAUUCCAACUUCCUGGAGGUCAGUAUUGGAGGAUUCUUCCACGUUGCAGAUAUUUUUCGAUUAUUAUGGUAGUACAGAGUCACCACUUUCGAAAGAGGCACUUGAGUGCUUGGUGCGAUUGGCUUCUGUGAGGCGCUCUCUGUUCACAAGUGAUGCUACACGCUCUAAGUUUUUAGCUCAUUUGAUGACGGGAACCAGAGAAAUUCUUCAAACUGGAAAUGGUCUUGCUGAUCAUGAUAAUUACCACGUAUUCUGCCGUCUACUUGGGCGUUUCAGGUUGAAUUAUCAGCUUUCAGAGCUUGGUGAUUCACCAAGUCUACUUGAUGAAUUUGUACCUAAAAUUACUGAGGGUUUUAUCAUCUCCAGAUUCAACUCCGUCCAGGCUAGCGUCCUCGAUGAUCAGACCGAUCAUCCUUUGGAUAAAGUUGAAGUCCUACAGGAUGAGCUUGAUUGUUUUCCUUACCUUUGCAGAUUUCAGUAUGAAAGAACUGGUACAUAUAUAAUAAACACAAUGGAGCCUCUUCUGCAAUCAUAUACGGAAAGAGGGCAACUACAGUUUGCUGACAAUUCGGAGCUAGCAUUUAUUGAAGCAAAACUGUCAUGGGUUGUUCAUAUUGUUGCCGCUGUUGUUAAAAUUAAGCAGUGCAGCGGUUGUAGUGUGGAGACGCAAGAGGUGCUUGAUGCAGAACUCUCCGCUCGUGUUUUGCGGCUAGUAAAUGUUAUGGACAGUGGACUCCAUAGACAGAGAUAUGGUGAAAAAAGUAAACAAAGGCUUGAUCGUGCCAUUCUAACCUUCUUCCAGAAUUUCCGAAAGUCUUACGUUGGCGAUCAGGCCAUGCAUUCAUCAAAACAGUUGUAUGCCAGAUUGAAAGAACUUCUUGGACUGCAUGAUCAUCUAGUUCUGUUGAACGUGAUUGUUGGCAAGAUUGCUACAAACUUAAAAUGUUAUACAGUGAGUGAAGAAGUCAUUGGUCACACGCUAAGUUUGUUUUUGGAGUUGGCAUCUGGAUACAUGACCGGGAAGCUGCUUUUGAAGCUGGACACCGUGACCUUUAUUAUUUCUAAUCACACUAGGGAGCAGUUUCCAUUCUUAGAAGAGUAUAGAUGCUCUCGCAGCAGAACAACAUUUUACUACACUAUCGGCUGGUUGAUUUUCAUGGAGGAUAGCUCAAUAAAGUUCAAGACUUCUAUGGAACCUCUUCUGCAGGUUUUCCGCACCCUGGAAUCAACACCAGAUUCAAUGUUUCGCACUGAUGCUGUGAAGUUUGCUGUGAUCGGAUUGAUGAGGGAUUUGAGAGGAAUUGCUAUGGCUACUAGCAGCCGGAGAAGUUAUGGUCUUUUGUUUGACUGGCUCUAUCCUGCACAUAUGCCACUUCUUUUGAGAGGGAUCUCACAUUGGUUCGACACACCAGAGGUUACGACCCCAUUGUUGAAGUUCAUGGCUGAGUUAGUGCAUAACAAAACCCAGCGCCUUACCUUUGAUUCUUCUUCUCCAAAUGGCAUCCUGCUUUUCCGGGAAGUCAGUAAAUUGAUUGUGGCUUAUGGUUCAAGGAUUUUAGCUCUUCCAAAUGUGGCGGAUAUAUAUGCCUACAAAUACAAGGGGAUCUGGGUUUCACUGACAAUUCUGUCAAGAGCGCUCUCUGGAAAUUAUUGCAACUUUGGUGUGUUUGAACUCUAUGGCGAUCGGGCUCUUGCGGAUGCACUUGAUAUCGCGUUGAAGAUGACCUUAGCAAUACCCUUGGCUGAUAUAUUAGCAUAUCGCAAGCUUACAAAGGCAUACUUUGGUUUCGUCGAGGUUUUGUGUGCCAGUCACAUUACCUUCAUAUUGAAACUAGAUACUGCCACCUUUAUGCAUCUCGUAGGUUCCCUUGAAUCUGGACUCAAGGGUUUGGACACAAGUAUUUCAUCACAGUGUGCAAUAGCUGUCGACAAUCUUGCUUCAUAUUAUUUCAAUAACAUCACAAUGGGUGAGGCACCUACUUCUCCCGCUUCUAUUCGUUUGGCACAGCACAUUGCAGACUGCCCGAGUUUGUUUCCCGAGAUAUUGAAGACUCUGUUUGAAAUAGUUCUAUUCGAAGAUUGUGGCAAUCAGUGGAGUCUCAGCAGGCCUAUGUUAAGCUUGAUUCUUAUAAGUGAGCAGAUUUUCUCUGAUCUGAAAGCUAAGAUCCUUUCAUCACAGGCCGUGGAUCAACACCAGCGACUCUCUACCUGCUUUGACAGUCUUAUGACAGACAUAUCAAGGGGGGUAGAUUCGAAGAACAGAGACAAGUUCACUCAGAACUUGACCCUUUUCAGACACGAGUUCCGCGUUAAAUAGAAUUGCUUCCACGAGCCACAGUCUCUACUACAUAGGGUCUCAUCAGAAAGACCCACAUGACACAGUGAACUAGAAGUUCCCUCUUACUGGAAAAAAAAAAAAAAAAAUCUUCAGGUUUUGCAAAUGGGGGAAAAAGUAGUCGAUAGAUUGUGGUACUGUACAGUUUGGUUCUCUCAGAAGAAAUGGUAAUGAAGGAAAACAAAAUUACGUAGCUUAUACUAUUUGGUGGUUCCUCGCUAGUGGCUUAUUCAAUUUCAACAUUAGGAGUUAUUUUGUCUCAUACCAAACAAAAAUCUUUGUCAGCUCCAUAACAAAGUUGAUGUAAAGCAUUGAAAAUCUAGGGUUUUACUUUUGGCAAUUGUUGCGGCCUAACUGAUCACAUAUUCUUUGUAUUUUCUUGAUUGUGAUGGUAAGCAAAGCUGGAGGAAAAUGCAACAUUUGUUUUGUUUUUAA